CAAACACAGAACCAGGAAACAUGACUUCAGAGAAACUGAAACUGAAGUGUAGUUGAGCUGUUACGUGUUUGUUUCUCUGUGUUCAUGCAGUAAAAUGGCAGAAGCCAGAUUUUCUCAGGAUGAGUUCAUGUGUUCAGUGUGUCUGGAUCUCCUGAAGGAUCCAGUGGCCAUUCCCUGUGGACACAGUUACUGUAAGAUCUGUAUUACAGGCUGCUGGGAUCAGGAGGAUCAGACGAGAGUCUACAGCUGCCCUCAGUGCAGUCAGACCUUCAGUCCAAGACCUGCUUUAGGUAAAAACACCAUUCUGGCUGAAAUGGUGGAGAAACUCAAGAAGAUUAAACUUCCUGCUGACUGUUACGCUGGAGCUGGAGAUGUGCAGUGUGACGUCUGUACUGGAAGAAAACACAAAGCCGUCAAGUUCUGUCUGGUGUGUCUGAACUCUUACUGUCAGAAUCACCUUGAACAACAUGAGAGUUGGUUUAAAGGAAAGAGACACAAUCUGACUGAAGCCACUGGACGACUGCAGGAGAUGAUUUGUGUGAAACACGACAAGAUCCUUGAGGUUUUCUGCCGCACUGAUCAGAAUUGUAUAUGUGUGCUGUGUAUGGAUGAACAUAAAAACCACGACACUGUAUCAACUGCAGCACAGAGGACAGAGAUACAGAAGGAGCUGAAGGAGACGCAGAGGUGGUUCCAGCAGAGGAUCCAGCAGAGAGAGAAAGAUGUUCAGCAGCUGAGAGAGGCUGUGGAGUCUCAUAAGCGCUCUGCACAGACAGCAGUGGAGGACAGUGAGAGGAUCUUCACUGAGCUCAUCCGCUCCAUUGAGAGAAGCCGCUCUGAGGCCACACAGCGGAUCAGAGAUCAGGAAAAGACUGCAGUGAGUCGAGCUGAAGGACGACUGGAGCGACUGGAGCAGGAGAUCAAUGAUCUGAGGUGGAGAGACGCUGAGCUGGAGCAGCUUUCACACACACAGGAUCACAUCCAUUUCCUGCAGAGUUUCCAGUCUCUCUCAGCUCCUGAAUCUACAGAUGUAAAUGACGAUCCAUUCAGUUCUCUAUCCCCUUUUGAUGUUGUGAGAGAAUCUGUCCGUCAGCUGAGAGACAAACUGGAGGAUUUCUGCAAAGAGGAGCUGAAGAAGAUCUCUGACAGAGUCACUUUCACCAACAUUGUUCCCAGAACCAGGAACGACUUCCUACAAUAUUCCCAUCAGCUCAAUCUGGAUCUGAACACAGUGCAUAAACACCUCUGUCUGUCUGAGAGUAACAGAGUGAUUACUGUCACUGACACAGAACAGGCGUAUCCUGAUCAUCCAGACAGAUUUGAUGUGCGUCUUCAGGUGUUGUGUAGAGAGAGUGUGUGUGGAUGCUGUUACUGGGAGACUGAGUGGAGUGAUGAAUGUGUGUAUAUAUCAGUGUCAUAUAAGAGCAUCAGCAGGAAGGGAGGGGGUAAUGAGUGUUGGUUUGGACAUAACGAUCAGUCCUGGAGUUUGAUCUGCUUUUCCUCCUGUUACUCAUUCUUACACAAUAAGAUAGAGACUAAACUCCCAGUAAAGUCCAUCAGCAGGAGAAUAGGAGUGUAUGUGGAUCACAGUGCAGGAACUCUGUCCUUCUACAGCGUCUCUGGAGACACAAUGAGCCUCAUCCACUCAGUCCAGACCACAUUCACUCAACCGCUCUAUCCUGGGUUUAGUGUUUGUUAUAAAUCAUCAGUUAGACUGUGUUGAUGAAUCAGAAUAGACUUUAGAGCAAUUCUACCCAUAAUGCUUUGAUCUGCAUGAUGAAUCAGUAACAGUGAGAUGUUUUAGUCUUUUAUUUUCUCUUCAUUACAUUAACCCUUAAAUGCAUACCUCGGGUCUUUAGUGACCCGGGACGUCAUUCACUACCAUCCUCCUCGUUCAUUUUUUAAAGUUAGACAUCAACCUUCUUGGUAUUCCU